CACAUGUUCGCUGCUGAGUGACUCGUUUAGUGCCUCACAAACGCUGCGCAGCGCAUACAUAGCGUACGAAAACGAGGAAGCGAAGAGAAGUGAAUCGUGUUUUUUUUGUUUUGUCGUACAAUUGUACAAAGUGAAGUGAAGAAUUGUGUGCGGAGGACUGGAUUGUGUAUAUAGAAUUCGUGGAUGAAUUCUUCCCAAAGGCGUUUUUCGCAUUGUGUGCACGAAAUUCGAGUGAAUCGAGCAAAAUCCGCAGUUUGGAUGAAUGUGAAAAUCGUAAAAUUGAGGCAAAUGUUUCAUUAAUUCGGUGAUAAAGUGCAGAAAAGUAGCGAAAAGUGUGUGAAUUAACGGUGAAAAGUGAAGUUUAGUGUAGAUUGUUGUUGUUAUUGCUGAGCCUGUUGUUGUUGUGUAGCGACCCAAGCAGCAGGAGGUGCAUGCAGUCAACUUUUUUCUCGUGCGCUUAAUCAGCCGCCCUGCAACCAGCAAUUUAAGGAAGCUGUCACAGAGAGACCCACACACGCACACCCACAUACACAAACACAGAGAGAACGUUAGUGUGCGCUAUAGCAACGCUUGUGCCCAUGUUGUUGUUGUUGUGCGCGUAUGAGUGUGAAACAUUAAAGUGUACACAUUAGAAGACAAAGGCGAAAAGAAUUUCAUUAAAAUACACACAAUUUAUGUGAAUAAAGAGCAGCUCUAAAUGGAUAUGUGAAAAUUAGCUGGCCAAUAGUAACGGUAUAGCGGAACAAAAGUCAAUUCAAAUGUUGCAAGCAGAAAGCCGGCAGUAAAUGUUUACAUAUAUACCUAUGUAUAUGUAAUUACAUAAAAACACAGUAAAAUAUAGAAAAUAAUUCCUAGAAAUCAAACUCAAGUGAAGUUCAAGUGCAAAAUGAUACGCUACUAAAAACGCAACGAAUUCAACGAGUGCUUACAACGAGCAGCGUGCGCAUUCGAACCUUAAACACGCCAGCACGAUCACUCACACCCACACUAUAGCAACCGUCACAACCUGCAACGAAAGCACAAACUCAAGCGCCCACCCAACAAACGACACAUUAGACGCACACCAAACCGCCAGCCAUUCAGCCAGCAAUUAAGCAUUUCAACAUGCCACGCCCACGUUAUGCUGCGCGCCUACGCCUACUACUCAAUUCGCUGCUCUUUGCCGCCAUUAUCGCCGAACAUCGCGGCGCCAACGCUGCAGGCAUCGCCAUCGACCCAGAACUGUCGUCACCAUCACCAUUCACCAUCGCACCCACAGCUGCGCUACCAACGGCAGCACCGACACCAGCACCAACAACACCCAAUUCAGUGCCAAAUUCCAGCAUUGCUGACAGCAAACUAGCCUACGAGGAUGGCAGCACAACGACCAUCAGCAAUAUUUUGGAUGUGAAUGCUUAUGCGGUGAAUGGCGUCGGCUUGGACGCCAAAAAUGUGCUCGCCGCUGUCGCCGACGAUAAUAGCGAAACCGUUGAGACUGAUUAUCGACUUCCAGCUGCUGCGCCCACCUCGCCCGCUUCCGUGGAGCAGCAGGAUCAACCGCUUGUGCCACCCACUACGCUGUCUUUUGCCAAUAUUGCGCCCGCCAGCGGUUUGGAUAGCGAUUUAUAUAGCGGUGCUGGCGGUGGUGGUGGCGGCAGCAUUACCGGCUUCGAGUUAAGCGAUGAGGAUGGCAAGACUGCCACUACGUCAGGUGAUGCAACACCGCCAUAUGCGGCUGUGGAUGAUAAAUACGUGCCAAGUAAACCAUUGAAUUUAACCGUUUUGAAUGUAACAUCGACCAGCAUCACUAUGUCAUGGUAUCCACCAAAAAAUCAAAAUGGCGCCAUCGCUGGCUACCAUGUCUUUCACAUACACGAUAAUCAGACUGGUGUGGAAAUUAUGAAGAACUCACGCAACUCGCAGGACUCGCUCAUCAUUUUCGAGCUGCCUAACUUAAAGCCAUUCACCGAUUACCGUGUCAUUGUCCAGGCGUUCACCAUGAAAAACGAAGGCAACCCCUCCGACCAAAUUGUACAGCGCACCGAUGUCGCCGGCCCGAGUCCACCGUAUGUGGUUAACCUGACGUGUCACUCGCAGGACGCCAUAGCCAUACGCUGGCGGCGACCGCACGAAUUUUACAACACCAUCGAUUUUUAUAUAAUUAAAACACGUGUGGUGGGCCAAGACAACCAUCGCGACAUACGCAUCAAUGCGUCGGCAAAGGAGCUGGAAACAGCGAUGAUACUACAAAAUAUAACAACACACACGGAGUAUGAAGUCAGAGUUGCAGCUGCAACUCUAAGCAUAAUAAAUCCAAAGAAAAUCGUACUGGGCAAAUAUUCCGAACCGAGAAAGAUUUCCUUACAUCCCAACUGUGAAAAGAUUCAAUCACUACUACGUCAAUCCCACAAUGAUUAUAAUCUCGCUGUACUUGUCGGCAUCAUAUUCAGCUGCUUCGGCAUUGUGCUCAUCGUAAUGGCAUUCUUCUUGUGGAGCAGGAAAUGCUUCCAUGCCGCCUACUACUACUUGGACGACCCGCCACACCAUCCCAACUUGCCGCAAGUCGACUGGGAGGCACCCGUCGAGGUGGCCGGUGAGAUACGCGCCGCUGUGCCGGUCAAUGAAUUCGCCAAGCAUGUGGCCUCGCUGCAUGCCGACGGCGAUAUCGGCUUUAGUCGCGAAUACGAGGCGAUCCAAAACGAAUCGAUUGAUGAUUUACCCUGCGAACAUUCCCAGCAUCCAGAGAACAAGCGCAAGAAUCGCUAUCUCAAUAUAACAGCCUACGAUCACAGUCGCGUACACCUGCAUCCCACGCCCGGACAGAAAAAGAAUCUUGACUACAUUAAUGCCAAUUUCAUUGAUGGCUAUCAGAAAUCGCGCGCCUUCAUCGGCACGCAGGGUCCACUGCCAGACACAUUCGACUGCUUCUGGCGCAUGAUUUGGGAGCAGCGUGUGUCCAUAAUUGUUAUGAUUACCAAUUUAGUGGAGCGCGGUCGUCGAAAAUGCGAUAUGUAUUGGCCGAAGGACGGCGUCGAGACCUAUGGUGUUAUACAAGUGAAAAUGGUCGAUGAGGAGGUUAUGUCCACCUACACUGUGCGUACGCUACAAAUCAAGCACUUGAAGUUAAAGAAAAAGAAGCAAUGCAAUGCGGAGAAAAUUGUGUAUCAGUACCACUACACAAAUUGGCCCGAUCACGGCACACCCGAUCAUCCACUGCCAGUGUUGGACUUUGUGAAGAAAUCCUCCGCUGCGAAUCCGGACGAUGCGGGUCCCAUUGUGGUGCACUGCAGUGCCGGUGUUGGUCGUACCGGCACCUACAUCGUCUUGGACGCCAUGCUUAAGCAAAUACAACAGAAAUUAGUCGUAAACGUAUUCGGUUUCUUACGACACAUACGCAUACAGCGUAAUUUCCUCGUACAAACCGAGGAGCAAUAUAUAUUCAUACACGAUGCGCUCGUCGAGGCGAUUGCUUCGGGCGAAACAAAUUUGCGUACCGAGCAAAUCGAAGAACUGAAGAACUGCACACCAUAUCUGGAGCAGCAGUACAAAAAUAUUAUACAAUUCCAAACGAAAGACAUACACAUUGCAUCUGCGAUGAAGCAGGUGAAUUCGGUGAAAAAUCGUGGUGCCAUAUUCCCCAUUGAGAGUAGUCGUGUCCAUCUGACGCCCAAACCGGGCGAGGAGGGUAGCGAUUAUAUAAAUGCGUCGUGGCUCCACGGUUUUCGGCGUUUACGUGACUUCAUCGUCACACAGCAUCCGAUGUCGCAUACCAUGAAAGACUUCUGGCAAAUGGUGUGGGACCAUAAUGCGCAGACAAUUGUACUGCUGUCGUCGCUGGACGAGAUUAAUUUCGCACAAUUUUGGCCAGAUGACACGCAACCCAUCGAAAGCGAUUACUAUCGCGUCAAAUUUCUACGUAAAACGAACAAAAGCGAUUAUGUUAGUCGUGAUUUUGUCAUACAAUCGAUACAAGAUGAUUACGAGCUAAAUGUGAAAAUGCUACACUGUCCCAGUUGGCCGGAGAUGACGAAUCCGAAGAGUAUUUACGAUUUCAUUGUUGAUGUACACGAACGUUGUGCCGAUUAUCGCAAUGGACCAAUCGUCGUUGUGGAUAGAUAUGGCGGCGCACAGGCGUGCACCUUCUGCGCCAUCUCGUCCCUGGCGAUGGAAAUGGAAUACUGCAGCACGGCGAGCAUUUACCAGUACGCCAAGCUGUACCACAACAAGCGGCCGGGCGUUUGGACAUCCAGCGAGGACAUACGCCUAAUCUACAAUAUACUCUCGUUUUUGCCACGCAACCUGCAACUGCUCGAACGCACAGCGUUGCGCACGGAAUUCGAGGAUGUGACAACGGCCACGCCGGAUCUCUACAGCAAAAUCUGUAGCAAUGGUAAUAUAAAUGCCCAACAAAAUUGUAAUAAUUUGGUCUAUCAUAAUCAUAGUAGUAGCGUAAACCAUAGUAAUAGUAUUAGUAAUACAAAUGUGCUAAAUGCAAAUGCAAAUGCAAAUGCUUGUAACAAUACCAACAACACCACCACAAACAAUCUGAAUACAAAUUAUAUAACAAACACUACAACAACAACAACAACGACUGCUACAGCCACUACACCAACAACGAUUGAUACUAGUGGUGGCAACAUAACACCACCAACAACGCUGACGCCCAAUACGAGCGCAAAUAGUUUACAAUAUCAACAACAACAACAACAACACCAACAAUCAUCACAGCAACAACCUCAUUAUGCAUCACAACACAUGCAGUCGCUCAAUUCAGUACAGUCACCAACAACAACAAACAACACACCAGCAACAUCAAACUCACAGACAGCAACACCAACACCAUUACCAUCAUCAUUUGCAUCAAGCACAACACCAACAAUCUCAACAUCACCAGCCGCACCACUAGCAUCAAUAACGGCAAACAAUAAUAGUACGGCUAUGUUUACAACAACAACACCCGAUUUGACCAAUAUGACGACCAACAGCAACAGCAUCAACAACACUAACAAUUGUAAUGCUAAUCUAAUUGGUAAUGCUAAUUAUAAUGAAAAUUUCGCUAAUACUAAUACUACUACUAAUGCCUACACUACUGCCACCACCAACACCAACACCACUAGCCAACAUAAUACAAUACCCUAUUGUGUAAACCCCAAUAUGAAUACCAACACCAACACCAAUACCACUAUCACCACCAACACCGAUUCCGUUUCCACAAAUCAUUAUACAACAAAUACAACAACACCCACUUCCAUUGCUGCUAUUUCCACUAAUGGUGAACGGUUUUCUCUUGUAAAUAAUUUGGAACAACAACAACAACACCAACACCUUAAUGAACAACUACAACAACAACCACACCAAUAUGAACCAACUCAUCUGCACCAUCAUCAUAACCAACAACAACAACAACCAUCACAACUAACUUCGUUAACUGACGCCGUCGACGAACUGCAAUUGCAUGGCACGAAUGGUAAUUCAAACCUUACAACACCAACAACAACAACUAAUGGCAUCGAUCGUUACGCAACAACAAUGCCACUACCGCCACCGCCACCUGCUUUCGGCAAUGAAACGGAUUUGGCUCUACAACAACAACAACAACAAAUGCAUCAACAUCUGCAACAACUACAACACGACCACCAACUGGAUCCGCUAAAUUCGAACGCUGACGUGAACGCUUCAAUCAUAUCUACGCCCUGUUCGGAUGACAUAAUUGAUGGCCUAACACCACUGUUACCCCCUCCACCGCCACAAUACCCCAACAACGCCUAUGCAAAUAACACUUGCAACAUGGGUGUUGUUAACGCCACCACACCGUUAACAAAAUCCUCAUCCAACACGUCUGUAUCUUCUGCAAACGCAACGAUUAAUUACAAUGGUAAUGGUUACGGUAAUGGUAACGGGAAUAAUAAUCAAAUCCAUUUGCAUGGUAAUGGUAACGGUUUAUUAAAUGCUACUAAUACUAAUACGAAACAAAUGACAACUCUAACAACAACUAAAGCAGCGACUGUUACAGAUGCUCAAAGUUUAGAUAUUGUAGGUUAGAAUUACAAAAAGUAAACAAGCAAAAAAAUUAAAUAUAAAUAUAUAUGUAUAAAUAUAUUAAAUUAAACGUACGUAUAAAUAUGCGUAGCAGUUAAGUGGUAGCUAUUAAGGAACAAGUGAAAUUUAUAAAUAGACUAACAAAUUAUUUUUAUGCAAAUUACAAUUAAAAAAUAAUAAAAACAGCAAAGAGAAUGAAAAUGAAAAUGAAAAAGAAAAAGAAAAAUCGCAAAUGCUCGCGAGCCCAUCUAGGCGUGAUUGUAAAUUUUUCAACGAACACGGCAGUCAACUGCUGAUUAAAUAACAGUAUAUAGAGUUGUACUCCACAUGAGCAACACUGUUGCGUAAGUGAGCAGUAAACAUUUACUAAAUAUUUAUUUUGAGUAAUAUUUUUAAGUAAUUACUGUUUAUGUAUAAGCAUUUGUUUAUGUUAGAAAUUUUCUAAAAAUAUUUUUAUGCUAUAUUUAUUACAAUUAACUGUCCAACUGUCAUAUAUUUAUGUAUAAAAUAAAUAAAUUUAGUUUCAGUAAUUUAUUAUGUACGCAAUGGGAUUGUCCUACAAGUUUGUCGCAAACUUUUAAAUAUUCUUUCGCCAUGUAAAUGGUUAAAAAAAAUAAAGUAACUAAGGUCACUUAUACCACGUAUUUAUUAUUGUGUUACGCACUGCAGCCAAUUGCUGCAAAUUAAUUAUAUUAUUUAAAUUUUAAAUAUAUUUAAGCAAAGCAUGUGUUAAAAUUAAGUUUUGUCAAGGAAAUUUUCUUACAAAUGAUUUUUAUCCCGUAUCUUCGUACACACCCAGUCUUAGUCUUAUGAGCGAAUGUAUACCGAGCAAAAUGCAAAAGAGAAAUUAUUAAAAAAUAAAUUAACAUAUUUAUAUUUAAUUAUCAACAUCACAAGCGUUUGAACGCCUACCAUUGUAUAGUCAUAAUUCACAAACAAAAAACACAAACAAAAAUAAAAUAAAAUCCAUCUCAUAUGUUAAAUAAAUAAUAAUACAAAAAAUAUAUAUAUAUGCAAAUUAAAAAAAAUGAUUAUCCAACAACUUUAAAUGCAUGCACUUUAUUGAUUUCUGUGUGUUAAGUACUCGUAAGUAACCACCAAAUGCAUACACAUACAUAUGUUGCAUCUUAUAUGAAUGUGUUUCUAAAUAUUAUAAUUUCUUUGAUUUCACUUACCGCUUUCGUGAACUUUCAUAUGAUUAUGUAUAAUAAAUAGGCAAAAUAUUGCUGGCAUGUAAAAAAAUAUGUUAAAAAAAACGCAAACAUGAAUGUAGGAUAGGAAUUUAACUUUAUUUCGAUAUGUCAAUUUGUACGGCAGCUAUAUCUUAUGUUAGUUUGAUCCCAACAAUUUCUUCCGAGAUUGCACUGUCAACUUGGGCUUGGAUCGCCCAGUUCGUAUUAGUAAAUGUUGCUAGCAACAUUUUGCACAAACAGCUUUCAUUAUGUGAAAUAAAAAAAUGUUCAUUAUGUGUUCCUGGCAUGUGAAAAAAUAUGUUUAAAAAAACGCAAGCAAAUAUUAGUAAAUGUUGCUUGCAACAUGUUGCACAAAAAUUUUUCAUUAAGAGUUAUACAUAAUCAUAUAUUGCUAGCAUAUGAAAAAUUUUGUUAAAAAUCCACA